GUUGAUAAACAGCAUGUUUUCGCGCGAUUAUUCAUCACUCAGACGACGUCAUGCGUCUCUGGAGGAAUCCCAUUAGCAUGCCAAUAAAUCCAACGCACGGGGUAAUCCCAGCCACACUAAUCGUCCAAAAUCACUACAGGUGGCAAAGCAUGUUGUUUCGCGAAAAGGUUUAUUCAUUUCCCAUACCUAUCUUGAAGUAAAAGAACUUAUUUGGAGACCGCCCACGGCGAAACUCGGCUACAUUAUGGUCUGUCUCGUCUCUGUUGUGGUUGAAUUCUUACGGGAAUAGGUACCAAGGAAAUACCUGAUCUGUUGAUCUCCUCUCUCGUUGACUGAAGAUGUCGUAUAGGUAACCCCGAUCAAGGUUGCAGCAAAAAACUACCCCAUCCAGCAUCGGCACCAGCAGGCUCCAUCAUCUCAGGUCCCAAUCAACAUCCAUAUAAAUUCGUUGCUCUCUUCGAUAAGGUUAAUAGCGUGAGAGUCGAACAAAAUAAUAAAAGUAAAUUAGCUUCGUUAGCAUUGUCUCAGUUUAGUUUCGGAUGGUGAUCGUGCGUGAUUGCAGUUCUCGAUCGAGUGUGUUGAACUUGUUUAGCGAAGAUGGCGCGAAUCGGUACUUUUUGGGUGGUUAUCGCUCUUUGCGCAACGGUGGCCCACGCGGGAUUUCUGGACUGGUUUCGCAGUAAGAACAACAAGGGCCACAGCAUCUGUAAGGUGGACUUCGAAGUGUUGGAUCCUCAGGGAUUAAGAUUGUGGACCGCGCACAAACCGGAGAUGAAGAUGUUCGGAGUGGAAGUGUACAUCAAUCCGAGUGGCAGGAGCAACGAGCCGCUUGUUUGUAGUCUAUGCAAAAAUACUACCCAGGCUACGCAUGGCAAAUACUUCCUCCAGGAUGAUAGCGUAAUCGUCAAGAAAGGUGAUGUUUUGGAAUACAUAGCAAUUACUGAUAACGGGAAGACAACACAGCGGCACAAACCGAGGAAGAUUAUUGUUAAUGACUACAUCAUCAAACCGAUGGGACGUUGCGCUUGUCCGGAACCCGUUGUUCCGUCCACCGUGCACGAGUCCGAUCCGAAUGCCGAAAUCGAACUGCUGGAACGUGUCAUUUCCGGACUGGCGAACCGCUGUGCCGAUGGUCUCGUAUCGAAGAACCUUUUCCUACAGGUGGACAACGCAGCCGGGCCGAACAACCUACUGGAACGAGUGAAGAAAUACUUCGAAGCCAACCCGGCCCUGAAGCCGUACGUUGAUUCGAUCGUUUCGGCCGAAGAUUAUUCGGAUGGAAUUGCGUUUCAGAUGAAGACUAUUGUGGAUAAGCUCAAGGUGCUGGAGUUGAUGCACACCGGAAACGAUAUACUCGAUUACGAUCAGACCAGCAUCAUCGGAAAGUUGGACAUUAGGCUGUCUGAUUGAAAAUGUGGUACAAAAAUUGACAAGAAAUGUAAAUAAAAACUAAUUACAACAAAAAAGAAUAAAUAUAAUUCUUAGAUAAAUA